AUCUCUUGGUAGACAGGCGCCACAAUUUGUAUAAGACGAGGAAGCUUGUGUUUAAGACAAAAAAAUAGCGCUCUCUAAGCCUCAUCAUGAUGAUGUUGUGGCCAGUGUCGAAAGCCUAACACAUCCCCUAAUACCAAUCUACCAACCAGCCAGCUAGAAUCAUCCCAAAAUUCUUACCCCCCCAUCCCAACUUGUAAAUCAAUAUGUUUGGUCUGUUGAGCAGUUCACAAAUCUAUGGCCUUCAACAACAACCGCAACAACAACAACAGACGCCAACUGAUCAAACAGAUAAUCCCAAAAAGAGCAAUAGUUUACCCCAUAAAAAUCACAAAUCCCAGCAGCAGCAACAACAUCGACGAUCUGCCAGUAGCCUCAGUGAUACUGGUGGCAAAUUCUUUGCCCAUUUAAGUUCAAAAUCUCCCAGUCAAUUUAUAGAAAAGUUCAUUAAGAGUGAAUUACUCAACGGCUACGAUACACUAAAGUGUCAAGCGGGCGGCAGUGCAAGUGGCAAAUCACCCACCCAAAAGACUCCAACCGAAGUCGGUGGUAGUCCAAUAUAUUCAAAUCUUCAGACCGAUUGGGGUGGUUUCAAUUGUUUGCAGGGCAGCUAUCGUAGUCACGGCGACGGUGAAUUCUAUGAGGCCGUUCAGGUGAAAUCACCGACCCCAGAAAAUUCACAGCAAACCAGCAACGAACUUGCCUCAGUGACAAUGCGAACCAAGGCAAAUACAGGUGUUGAAGUUGAGGGCGGUGCCACGCUGCAGCAUUAUCAAAAGUUGCCCGAGACAAAUUUGGAGAUGCCAUCGUUUAAUACCCAAUCGGCAGGACAUACACCGGCCUACAAGAAGCUUGGAUUUGGAGCCCGUCUGCAGAAACUGAGUGCCGAGCAAAACUCGGACAAUUCACAGUCCUCGCGAAAUACACGUAGCAGCAGUAGCGAAGUGCAACGGAGUUCCUCGGGCUCCAGUUCAUCGGGCGGUGGUGGAGGAAAUGUUGAGGAUACAAUGGCCAUGGGCAGCAACUCACCAGAACGUCUUCAACGUCGUCGUCUAUUGCAAAUGAUCUCGAACUAUGAUCAGCAGAAUAAGCAGCUGUAUCGUGAGUUGGCCAAGGAGAAGCGACGUCGCACCGAAGAACUGGCAUGUGUGGUUAAGUCUCUGCUCUGCUUUGAGUCCAAACUGAAGAAUGACAUGAAGACGGUGAAUCAACGUUUGCUGGACAGGGACCAGGAGAUAUGCCGACUUGUCCGACAGAAUCGUGCCCUACGCAAACGGCUUAACGAUGAUCAGCAAAAAGAUGAGGGCAUGGUGGCCGAUGCCGAUGCCGAUGCCGAUCAGGAAAUGAAUGUGAAUGACGAAUUGGACAAGUGUCUGGUACUCGAGGCUUUGCAAUGCAAUAAUUGCCGCAAGCAAUUCUAUGACAUUGAGCUUAGAGCGAAUGGCACACAGACCUGUGGCAAGGAAUUGGGCGUAAGCGCUAAGACUGAGCACGGCUCUUCCAGCGAUGACACCGUCUCAUCGUCGUUCUAUGGCGCCCGACGCAGCGUUCGGUAUACAAGUAAACGUACAGCGGGCACAUUCCGGGACUACAUGCGUUCCCGGGCCAUGCAUAUCGAUGAUGCCGCAUUGGAGCAGCAAUCGGAGGAGAAUACCAGUAGCAUAAGCCGUGAGGAUUCUCAAACGAGCUACGAGCAUUUGCAUAACUAUGCAAGAGCCAUGGAACGUAUGCAUGGAGUGAAGCCAUCCCUGGAAGAUGGUGACUACUCGGAGCAGAGUAGUUUGGAAUUGGAGCAGCAACAGCAGCAGCAGCAAAGACGUCGCAAUAGUUGCUCCAGUCGUAGUAGUAGCAGUAAGACAACAGUUUCCUCAAUGGCCGCCCAGUUGGAGGAAGACGAUGGCAUAUUCUCGCCCACACAGGAUGAUGAAGAUUUCGAUGAGUUGGAUGUGGAGCAGGAACAGCAGCUUAUGUCCAGGGGAGCUAUUAAGAUAGUGCAACGACGUUGUGCCGACUUUUCGGAGGCUUCACCCAAGCAAAUCUAUGAGACGACCACGGAUGAUUGGUAUGCCAGUGCCUCGGAUCAGGAGGAGGCUACGGUUACGUCGAAACCCUAUGGCCAGGGAGCUGUGAAUCCUGUGUUAGAGUGUGUCAAUCAGAUUUUACUCCAACAAUCCAUGGAGGAGACACUGAGAGAGCCCACACCCAAAUCGGCAAUGUCCAUAAAGGGGGGAUCCUCUGCCUCCUCUGGCUCAAAUCUGCCCAGACGUAGCUCUCUAAGUGGACGCAGUGCAUCGAAUGGACGCAAACGUGUGCAUUUUUCUACCAAAAAUAGCAUGGUUCAUGUACCAAGGCAUGAUGAUGAAGAGGAAGUGCAACAUGAACCAAUGAUCUCACAUUAUCAUCCCAUGACCUCGACCGGAGAUAUUCUCAACUAUGAAACCAUCUACAGCAAUGAAUACGAGCCCAUUGGCUCGGAAAGAGCAUCCAAUUUGUAUGUGGAUAUGGCUGCAGCUAAUGGAGAAGUCGCACACACUGGAGCCGGUUCAAAAAACCAAAAGUUGCCUCCUGCCUUGCCACCAAAGCCGGCAAAUUUGUUGAAAUUUAAGAAGUCCCUUCAUCAACUUGAGGAGCAAAUGGAGGAGGAGGAGGCAACAACAACUACAACUUCGGAACCAGAUUAUUGUUCCAUUUCGGAGGUGGGUGGCAUGACGAGUGUACAAAUUGUGGCCGAUGUACAUCAAGCUCCCGAAUCCAAUACGCCGCCAGCUAUUGAAGCGGCCAAUCAGGAGGAGGAUCAACUUUCCGAUGACAAUCACUCGCACAAGACUGAGGAAAUCGAAGAGAUUUUCGCUGACAUACCAAAGCUACCCAAUGUGGCUGCCAUUAUAGCACCCAAACAAUCCGCCUCCGACUAUCUAAUGAUGACACCCAAACCUUCGACCACCACCACAACUCUGAGUACAUCACUUCGCCUCCAAAUGCCGACCGCUCAAACCACCACCACAUCACAAUACAAACGCAAGCAUGUGCCCAACAUUCUGGCCGAGAUCAAUAAACGCAUGAGUCUGCCUAGCUCACCCACCACGCCCACUACACCGAAGAGCCAGCCCACAACUCCCACCUCAACAUCGAAGUCACAAUCGCUACUACAAUUGGCCGAAGCAACGAGUGAUCUGCCACUUCAAGCUGAAUUCGAUUGGUAUAAUUUGGAUGCGGAAUUCGACAGAAGCCAAGAUGAUGAUAUCACCAAGAGUCCACUUAACGAAGGCAUGCUCGAGGAGAUUAGCGAGGCAAAUGAGUGUCUAAUCAAUGCUGCUGAUGAGUACAAUUUGGAUGAGGAAUUCCAUGAGGAGGAGGACUUGUCCGAUCACCAUCAUCAUCAUCACAUUCACCAUCAGAAGCUCCAGACGGUCACCCUAGCCGAGGAGGAGGAGGAGGAAAUGGAUCUGGAACCACCCAUGGCCAAGGCCAAGCAAAUGAAAAAGAAUUUGGCCAGCUUUGAGAAAUUCAUCGAGGGUUCGGGUCUAAGCACCAAACCAUUGCCCAGCAAGCGAAAAAUCUACUUUAAUGCUCCAUUUGUCUGAGAUUGGACUUGAAGUAUAUAGUACAUAUAUAUCUAGGGAUUACUUAUUUGCUAAAUGUCAAUAUGGAUUUCCUUUUUUUGUUUCCUUUAUUUAAGAACUUGUGUGUUUAACGAAUUUAAGUUUUUUGCUUAUGUGUAUCUCCCCCCCAUUCCCCACACCUCACAACAAACCAAUUUAUUGUUUAGUUUUUUAAGUUUGGCAAAAAAAAAAAGAAACGAAAGAAA